AUGAACUUCACUGGGAACGGAAUGACACACAAAUGGGGAUCAGUUAGACAAGAAACCAUUAGAAAGGAAAAUAGUGAAGAUUUGCAGUCUUGCAUUGAUGUUGGACAGAUAAUGGAGAAGGUUCAAAGAGACAAUUAUAUCCGUCAACAAAAAGCAAUUGAGCAAACUGAAGGCGUUUCGAAUAACUUGAUGAAUUGGAAAAAAUCAAAUGAUAUGGACAUGCAAUCACUAGAGAAUCAGAUGGAAUUACUCAAAAAGAGAAGAGAACAAAUCCGUCAAAACUCGACAGAAAUGACUAUUUUGGCGUCUCAGUUGAGAAAGAGAUUGAAUCAAAUUGAUGAGAUGAAGAACGAGAGCCGACAAUUAUUUAGAGAUGAAGGUUACUGUAGUCAUUCAAUUAGAUAG